AUGAGGAAUCCGCGGGCGCUGGCAGACCAGUCAAAGUACUGCCGCUUCCACAGGCAACAUGGGCACGACACCGAACAGUGUCAGGAGCUAAAGAGGCAGAUCGAGGAGCUCAUUCGUAGGGGACACCUUGGUCGGUACCUCCGACCGGACAAAGAACUGUCACCGCGCCCGGAGGGUCCCAUCGAACGACACAUCGACGUAAUAACGGGCGGUCCCGCAUCUGGCGGGGAUUCCAUGACCGGAAGAAAGGCAUACGUCAGAGCCGCUCCGGCCGAAGCUCCCGGGCGUGGGCCUGAACCCAACGACACCUUCCCGGCCGAGGUGCCCCAACAAGCCGAGCAUGACGACGCGCUCGUGAUAUCGGCCAGAAUAGCCAACGCGCAAGUAAGGAGGAUCAUGGUCGAUACCGGGAGCUCGGCCGACAUACUCUACUUCGACGCCUUCCAAAAUCUCGGCUUGCUUGGAGAUAGCAUGAAGCCAAUCCUCUCGGCACUCACCGGAUUCCCCGGUGAUUCAAUCUCACCGCUGGGGGCGAUCACUUUACCAUUGACCCUGGGAGCACCGCCGAAGUCAAAGACGGUGAUGACCACCUUCCUGGUAAUCGACCUCCCCGCUGCAUAUAACGCCAUCCUCGGUCGUCCGACCCUCAACAAAAUCAGAGUUGUCGUCUCGACCUACUAUCAAACCGUGAAGUUCCCGACCCACGCCAAAACAGGAGAGGUCGUGGGAAGUCCCCAAGAAUCCAAGCACUGCUACCUGACCGCCGUCUCGCUACACAAGAGGGCCAGGGUCGAACCACCGUUGGCGGACCCCCGAGAGGCGAAGAAGCCAGCCUCCCAUCCUGAGCCGAGGGGGUCCACUGUGGAUGUGCCGCUGCAAGAAGGCCGGCCGGAGCAGACGGUCAGGAUCGGGUCGGGGCUACCCGAGCAAGAACGAAGACAGCUCGUCGGCCUCCUAUAG